AUGGGCGUUGCAGGUGCAACCCCUCCCUCUGGCCCUGCCCAUGCAAGAGAGGAUGGAUCCGCUCUUAAUCCCAUAGGUGUCCGUAGAGCAUCCUGCUGCGCCGGGGCUUGAUCCUGGUAGAGACCUCCAGGCGUUGCCACAACACAAGUCAGGCCACGGCUGGCUACCUACAAAGAGAAGAAUGUGUAUAGUGCAGAGCUGUGGUGGAACAAUUGGAUCACUUACCUUGAAGAACUUUACAGAAUAGUUUCAUGCAGCAAUUAAAUCCAGUAUUCUAGGCACAGCCCUCAUUGCAGUUGUUCCUUUGGCUUCUGUGGUUCUACCUAAGAGCAGGAUGGCAGCAGUAAGCAGGACUCUGGGUUUUUUGCGUCAGGGUGCCAUGUCUAGAUUACUUCCCAUCACGUGCCAUCUGCAUACAUCUCUCAGCCAACAUGACUCCAACAGGAUAUCCAUCGCCCGCAUUCAGAGGCAGACAUACGGAAGGUCCUACCCAGUGCUCUUGGUCAGGCCUGAUGGAUCUACUAUUCAUAUUCGCUAUAAGGAGCCAAGGCGGAUCCUUACAAUGCCUGUAGACAUCAACACCCUUUCAGAGGCUGAAAGAAGAGCUAGGUUACGGAAACGCAAUCCAAAAUGGUUCAAGAGCAAGCAGGAGAAAGAGCUGGAUGAUGAGUUUAAUUUGGAUAAUUACAAAAAAUUUUGGAAGAAAAAAUGAGUUUGUUCUAAGGAUCUUCAGAAGUGGAAAGGGAAGAUCUGGCAACGUAGGUCUGCAGAGAGGGCGAUUGUAAAAUACUGUUAUAAGGAGAAUGUUUGCAGCUGAGUAAAGAUUCUUUACCUUGCAA